GGAGGUGGUGUCCACUUCACUGUACGUCCCGGCCUGAAGGAAACUGUGGAGCGGUCCUCCUUCGCUCCCUCAGCCGCACAGCAUCAGCUCUUCUACGGACUCGGCCGGAGAGAGGUCCCGCUGCCAUGUCUGUGUUCAGCCUCCUCGCCAAACAGCUCCGGAGCCACCCGGCUCUGAUCCCCCUCUUCAUCUUCAUCGGUGGUGGCGUGACCAUGAGCGCCACGUACCUGGCUCGGCUGGCUCUGAAAAACCCAGACGUCUCAUGGGAUCGUAAGAACAACCCUGAGCCCUGGAACAAACUGGGGCCCAACCACCAGUACAAACUUUUCGCAGUAAACAUGGACUACUCCAAGCUGGAGAAGGACAGGCCUGAUUUCUAGGUCGCACGUCCGCCUCUGACGUCGUCUUCAUUGUGAAGAGACGUUGCACUUUUAUUUGUUUUUCCAAAUAUGAAAUAAACCCGUCAUGCUGGAUGAAGGUUGCCGCACUCAUUCAGCUCGUUCUGGAGGACGGGAUCAAUCACUUUAUCAGUGACUGUCUGAAUUUAUAAAGCAGGCAACCACCUGUUUUACUAAUGUAUGAAUUUAUUUUUGUUGUAAAUCAUUAAAUCUAUAUAAACCCCA